AUGACAGCAGGCAGCGUCAAGAUCAACAAAUUCAUUCCAACUUCACUCAAGGAAGAAAUCACCAAGUCCUUUCUGGGGCAUUUUCUCAGCACUCCCAAAGUCCGGCCUAAAAAUGACAAGAACGAGCAAAACGCACCGGAAGUUUUGGAUGGGAACUCCGAAUCGGAGCAUCGGUUUGAAGAAGAUGCCAUCAAGGUCACGGCCGCGGUAGAACAACGACGCGUCAGACGACACAGCGGUCAGUUUGGUCCAGGUGUCGUUCGACGGGCUCAUCGCAAAGUUCGAACCAAGUCCGACGCAACUAGCAGUGACAGGUUCGAUGAUGAGGAUGACUUGAGCACUAGUGACUUUGACACUACCAGUGGGGCCGAGGAAGAUCCCAACAUGGAGGACAGUCAGCUGCCAGAUGACUUUUCCGGUUCCUAUAUGCCUCGUGGCACCAAUGGGAGCAGCGGCGAUCACAAAACGAAGUCAUCAAGAAUGUCAUGUUCCGAGCGAUUGUCGUCGUCGCAGCCACGAGCGUCAGACACCCUUUGCGCCAGCAGCAAUCAUACAGAGAGGUCACAACAACUGUCAACCCGCAGCCGGCGAAAGGGUAACGCGCGACUGCGUUCUCUGUCGGAAUGUCGUGGAAGCAGUCGUCGAAGCAGUGCAGGUGAAAUAUCCCAAGGCAGUGCGCGGGGCCUUAGCAGCAGUCUCCACAGCAGCCUCCACGGUAGCAGUCGCGGUCGCCGACGCGCUGGUUCUGCACAUGGCCACGACAACGAUUUGAGCGCCAUCCAAAGUCCUCGUAGGGCCAGCGACAAGAGUCCAAGAAGAUCAAGCGACGUGGCCAAGAGUCCAAAGAGGAGAAGUGAUAAAAGUCCUCGUAGGGCCAGCGACAAGAGUCCAAGGCGGUCAAGCGACAUUGUGAAGAGUCCACGGAGGAGAAGUGACAAAAGUCCUCGUAGGGCCAGCGACAAGAGUCCAAGGAAGGCAAGUUACAAGAGCCCAAAAACUCCCAACGCCGUUCAGAAGGGUCCACGGAAGGCAAGUGACAAGACUCCAUGCAGAACAAGCGACAAAAGAAAAAGUCCCCAUAGGAUCAGCGACAAGAGUCCACGAAGGUCGACUCUCAGGUCCAGCGAAAAUAGCGCUAUGUCCACGCAACAAGUAGCCAUCAUCAGUCCACGAAGUAGUGGCAGAUCGUCUGUUCCCAGAACUCCCAAAACACCGAGAACGCCUCAAAAACUCAAAACACCCAAAACGAAAACACCUCAACGUAGAACGCCCCAGAGAGCACCCGACCCAAAGACGCCGGAUAAAACUCGCAACAAAGAACAGCAAUCCGCCCAAAGACUUGGCAAAGCGGGGAGUUCAAGGUACGAUGCUUCCACUGACGGUGAGAAUUUGCAAGACUUCUAUGCAGCCAUGAUGUCACCCAUGCCAAUACGCCACUCUGGUAAGGCAGAAAGCGUUGAUGCCAGCGCAGUCGACAUUGACAUUAGCGCCAGCAAUCAUAGCAUCGAAACUCCCCACGAGGAACCAAAUCAUCGACCUGCUGCAAACCAUAAAACACGUGGAAGUGCUCUAGAUGACGCUUCCACUGACAGUGGCGUGUUACAUGAGUUCUGUGGGGCAAUGAUGUCACCCAUCUACUCCAGCAAGGCAGCAGACAUUGACAUUAGCGACACCGACCACAAUGAGGAUUCUGACAAUGAAAGCAGCAAGGGAGAACGGCGCCUUCCGAAGACACCCAAUGGAAGCAAGGCGGGUCGCCCUAGUAGGGAUCAGUUGCGGGAAGGACUGGAUCGUGUCGCUGACGCUGUCAGUAGCAACUCCGAUUUCAUGAUACCGCCUCUAGUCCAAUCGACGCCUGACUUUGACAAUGAAAACUUUUCGGCGGUCACGGUGAGUUUGGAUGCCCUGGAUUUGCAGGAUGGCAGUGUUGAACUAGGCAGAAGAGGUAAAGGGAAACGAAGCGCAGUUGGAUAUUCUUCUCGACACGGAAGCAAGGACAAUGCACUUACCCAAACAAACGUUUCAACUCUGGAGGAUGAAAUUGACGAAGAAAAUUCACUUGCACCCGAGCAUAUUAUGACCAAACAAUGUCCAUCUCACAUGAGUUUCGAAGGAUCCCAGAGCAAGCUCUUUGACUCCAUGGUUUGGUGA